AUGCCGUCGUGUGAUCGUACACCACCAUGUACACCCAAAACACCAUGCUCUCCACUCGAACUUCACAACACUAAUUUUUGUUUCAGAAAAGGUCCUGAUGUCCCGGUAAUCUAUCAACCAGAAGGUCAUCCACGGCAAGCUGUCAUCGAUGGUGAUAUCUGGCCCCCGAUCUUCAAACCCCAACAUGUUCGAUCGGCGAAAAUGAUGCAAGUGGAAGACGACGAUAUUUUCAUAGCGACGUAUCCAAAAUGUGGUACCACCUGGCUUCAGCAUAUCUGUCAUCAGCUGCUUCGUGGUGAGGACUAUCGAGCCGAGGAAGGAAACGAAAUGUGUGUCCAGAGCCCGAUGAUUGAGCGAAUGGGGGCAAAGUUUUUGUCUACCGUCACUCACCCUCGUAUUCUGAAAACCCACUUUUCCGUCCUAAACGUUCCGAAGAGCACAAAGGCAAAGUACAUCUACUGCGUGAGGAAUCCAAAAGACUGUUGCACCAGCUACUUCCACCACAACCGCAAUUUCAAAAUCUAUAAUUUCGCGGAUGGUGAAUGGGACACAUUCGUGGAUCUGUUCCUUUCUGGACAACUCGCCUUCGGUGACUACUUCGACCAUCUGCUCGGUUGGCUUCCUUUGAUCGAAGAGCCAAAUGUUUUGUUCCUUAUGUACGAAGACAUGGUGAAAGAUCUCGAAGGAAGCAUUUACAAGAUCGGUAUGUUCCUUGGAGGCGAAGCGGAGAAACUGGUGAAGGAUCCGGCAAGGCUAGAAGUCGUGGUAAAAAACAGUGGCAUCGAAGCAAUGAAGAAGGAUCAGAAACGCUGGUUUCCCGAGUCGCAAUUGCACAAAAGCGAGUUCAUACGUAAAGGAGGUAGCCGUGAUUGGAAGAAUUACUUCACCCGAGAACAAAGCGAUCGCAUGGAUGCCCUUUUCAGAACUCGCCUUGCAGGCACCGUAGCUGAAAAAUGGUGGCAAGAAGAGAUGGCAUGGGAUCAGCUGCCAAUCUUCGCCCUUAAUCAUCUUGAUCUCGAUGAUGAUAUUCAAUCAGUGUCUAGACGUGGAUCCUUCAGCUUACAAGUCGACUCUAUCAAGGUGAGUUGGUAG